GUCAUCCAGCGUCACCCUCAACCUUUCACCUACUUCCCCGUUCUCAGACUCACUGACAGCCGCGAGACAACACCGGCAUUUGAGCUGACGGAGGCGACGUCUGUGUUGAAGAGGAACUGUCGUCAGAAUAUUACAGAGCCUUUCAGACAUGUGGAUGAGUACAUUUGCGUGCUUCGCCCUGAAGAGGAGCACUUCUUCCAUGGCCUGUCAGGCUCUGAGGGCUUGUCGUAAACCAGGGCUACUCCCUUCUUGUCUGACUUCAGUGCAGUUUUGUGGGCAGCAUACACUGGGGUCAGCCUCCGUCCCUGUGGCUCGCCACUCUGUGAGACACGUCCGGGCUCUGGAUGAGGAGAGGCUGAUGGAAGUGGAGUGGGAGGAUGGACGCCACAGCCUGUAUCCCUUUACCUGGCUGAGAGACAACUGCCAGUGUCCCAUGUGUACCCUGCAUUCGGCUCAGGCCCGGAAAUUGUUGAUGUCUGAUGUUGAUAUCCACACAGGAGUUGAUGUUGUGGAGGUCACCAGUGACAACAAGGUGUCCAUUGUGUGGCCCAACCAGCACACCAGUGUGUUUGAUGCAGACUGGCUGAAGAAACGCUGCUUCUCACCUGCUGCCAGACAAGCAGUGCGAGAAGAGCUUUUCCUCAACAAGCGUUAUUACUGGGACUCUAAACUGCGUCUUCCCACAGCCAACUACCAGGAGGUCCUCCAUGACGAUAAAGCGGCGCUGGCUUGGCUCUUGGCCCUGCGUCGUGUUGGCAUCGUCUACCUGAAGGGGGCUCCGGCAGAGCAGGGCCAAGUGGCCAGACUCGCUGAGAGGAUUGGCUAUCUCAGGCUGACAUUCUACGGGCACACAUGGCAGGUCCAGGACAAACACAUGGCAAACAAUGUAGCCUACACUUCAGGAAGGCUCAGUCUCCAUACAGACUACCCUGCGUUACACUUCGCACCUGGGGUGCAGUUUCUGCACUGCAUCAACCAGGCUAUGGAAGGAGGCAUGAGCGAGGUGGUGGAUGGCUUCCACAUGGCCAAGCAGCUGCAGAGAGAAGAUCCAGAGGCCUUUCACACACUCACCUCGCUCCACGUGGAUUUUACCGACACGGGGACAGACUACUGUGACUUCAUGCUGCAGUCCAAGAAGCGCAUCAUUGAUGUUGAUGCCGAGGGCAGAGUUGUGAGGAUAAACUACAACAACGCCACCAGAGAUUCAGUGUUGGACCUCCCGCUACAUCAGGUUCAGCCCUUCUACAGAGCCCUGAAGGCCUUUGUGGACCUCAUGAACCGACCAGAGAACAUGGUGACCUACACAAUGGAGCCAGGCGACAUAGUGACCUUUGAUAACUGGCGACUGCUACAUGGACGAAGGAAUUACAUUAGCAGGCCAGACAAGUUGCGACACCUGGAGGGAGCCUACCUAGACUGGGAUGAAGUCAUGUCUCGACUCCGGAUACUCAGGAGGUUGGUCCAGGAGCAUCAGAAACACUGCCAAACCUAAAUGGGCAGGUUUACAGCCUUUGCAGAAAAUCUAAACAAUUUCAGGCGCCUAAAAACUACAAGCUAAAUGAACGGUGAAUGAAACGGUGAGUUAGGAUGCUUUCGUUUUGACUGGAUAAAAUCUGCAAGGCUUAAAUGUUAACAGAAACAUUUCGAACGUGUAAAAUGCAACGCUGCAAUGCAAAGAUUAAGAAACACCUUGUACUGAAAUGUAAAGGUGCUUUUGAACUGAUUAGUCAUAGUGACUAGUGACAAAUACAUUUUUAUAAACUUAAAUGUAACUACGAAGUUUUAUGCAUCAUCUGUGGUGUUCCACAUUACUAUGAUAGUGUAACUUAAAUAUUUUCUAAACUGACUGACAUUCCCAGUUCUCUGGUAAAUUGUUUGGUACAAGAUGUUCUGACUUUCUCCAGAAUCUCCUAUUUACUAUAUUUAGUGUUUGCAAUUUUGGCUGAUGACAUGAUUCACGAGGGUUUGUUCACUCUAUAGUAAAUUGCCAAUAUAUAAAGUGAGCAGUGAAUGAGACCAUGUAAAUUGCAUCAUAAUACUUAAACCAAGUUUACAUCAUACACCGAUCAGCCACAACAUUAAAGCUAUCUGCCUAAUAUUGUGUGGGGCCUCCUCAUUCGGCCAAAACCGGCUCUGACCCACUGAGGCGUGGGCUCUACAAAACCUCUCAACAUGUUCUCUGUUGCCAAGUGUUUGCUCAGGUGGGAUUUGUUAGGUUUUCUCUAUAGAGAAUAUGAAGCUACAUCACGCUGUGCUGAAUGUUGGGACGGGGGUGCCAUUUUGGGAGGGAGGCACUGACUGUAUUUACAGUACAUUCUUGUUUGGCUAAAAAGUUGUGAAAAUUCAGAAUGGACAACUUUAGCUGAAGUUUAGCUCAACAGGGCUGACCUGUGCUGAUGGGAAAACGCCAGUCUAGCCUACGUAGUUUGGCCCUUGUCAGAGUUGCUCAGGUCCUUUGGUUUGCCCAUUUUUCCUGCUUUCAGCACAUCAGUUAACAUAUCCCUUAUACAGCAUGUCCCACCUCUUGAUAAUGAGAUAAUAUUGUUCACUUCACCUGCCAGUGGGUCUAAAUGUUGUGACUGAUCAGUGUACAAAAUGUCUUACCAGCUGCUUUAGUUUCUCCCCCCUGUACCUCCACUGUUUAAUCUUGCACCUACAUAAAGGAUGAGAUGUCCUGGGCUCUCCUUUAAUUAUGUAGAGUUGCAGUCUAAAUUCAGAAUUCCCUAAAGCUAUAGUAACAGCACUUAAAUGUUUUCAGCAGUAUGCAUUAGAUUUCUUUUAUUACAGUGGGAUGUGGGCAGAGUUUUCAGAGAAUGGUAUCUUGGGCAACCAAGAUCCAAAACUGUCUGCAUGGCUUCCACAGGCCAGUGAUAAAAGGCCUUUUUGUAAUAAAACAAUAGGUACUGUAAACUAAUGUUUAAAACACACAAGUUAUGUUAUGUUUCAGUGAGGCCAGUCUGAUAUUUAUUCUGCAGGUGCUAGAUAUGUCUUGCUUGUUCACUGCUUUUUGCCAAAAGAAAAAAAAAGAAUCGGCAGUUUAUCUACAAGCUUCCAAUCUUUUGCUGUAGCCAAAGAGCCACUUAGUUUAAAGUGUCCAUGGCAUGCUCAUUUCCAUAUUUCCAUCCAUUUAAAGUUUAAUCUUGGGUACCUCUAGAUUAGCUUU